GAAAUAUUAUAUUAUAACCCUGCAAAGAAGCCAUUAAUCCAUGUGACUAGAGUUAAAAAUCGAGACGUGAGUUGGAAGCUGGGUGCAUGUGGAAGCAUUGCGAGAGAAGCUGAGAUCCAAAUCAAGAUGAUACGAUUGCAUACUCAUUAGGUGACAUUUGAGAGGAAAAAAAAAUUCCUUGUCUCCUUUAAUUCAUUUUCUAUGAGCCAAUAUAUUAAGCAAAAGCGAACCACUAAAGCUCAGGCUCUCAAAAAGAUUCUAUAUAUUAACACCCUCUAACCCUCUAGUUUUCUGAAAGGAGAAAAUGGCAGGCUGGCAGCCAUUGAGACAAACAAAAAGAACUUUUUACAAACUAGCUGCAACAGCUUGACUUCUGCAUCUCAUCAUCUUCAGUAAUCAGCAAACUUAGUGGCAUGCAGGAUUUACAUGAUACCAUUGACAAGUUGUUACAAUUGCCAAUCAAGCAACCGAACUUAGCUACAGAGUGCAAUGAAUAAUUGGUUGAUGAAAUACUAGAAGGUUCUCGUAUAUAUGUCAUCUAACUACAGAUUUCCCGGAAAGCAUGCACAAGCCUCAAUCAGUCCUCCAAAGGAGAGGCCAUGAAAUUGAAUUUACAAUUGAUGAUGAAAUAUACUUUGGCUUUCUUAGAAUUCGGGUUAGGCCUAACUCUACCCUAAAAUCUUAGCUUAGAAGAGGGUUUCUUUGGCCAUAUCACUAGUCAAUGUGGAACUUCUCAACACUCCCUUCAUGCUCAGGGCCGGACAUCUAGAGCGUGAAAUUAUCUAUAAUAGGCUCUAAUACCAUCUUAGAAUUAGGGUUGUUCUACACUUUAUAAAGACUUAUUUGGCCAUAUUACUAGCCAAAGUGGGACUCCUUAACAGGCUUCAAGGAAGAAGAUGGAGGCAAUUCGAAAGGCCUUGGAAAAUUUAAAAGGAACGAAACAUGAGCUCAUAGCUUCUUCCUCAAGAAAAUACAACACAACACUUCACCCGUUCUUCGCUUCUUAAAAGCAGCAGAAGCAGUCACCCUUAGCUCAUUAGAAAUUUUUCUCAUGUUUAUGUCUGACAUAAAAGGACAUGAAUGAGUGAUAUCCAUUUGGUGCAGAGUAUUCUCACAGAGCAUAUGGUCAGUGAAUCAGCGAUAUCCGAGUUGGUGCAGCCUAACAGAGUUGCUUGUGACUCUCAUGUUUCAGACAUGAAUGAAUUUGAAAAGGGGCAUGCAGCUUUGCAGUCUAUCAACAGUUGCAAGUCUCCAUCUAUUGAGAAUUUUCAAAGCAAUGUAGAAAACUCUGAGGAGAAAGUCUAUGAAGAUCUGUGCCACAAGAUGUCAAAAGGCCAAGAAAUGAAGAAUUUCGCUUAAGCCAAAUGUUUACUCGCUUAAGCGAAAUUAUAUGGCAGAGGGUAUCAAUUCUGGAAGACAAUCUCGCUUAAGCCGAAUUCUUUCUCGCUUAAGCGAGCCAUUCAGUGGCAUAGAAGGAAAGUGAACCCUCGCUUAAGCGAGACUUAUGCUCGCUUAAGCGAGCAGAGUACUUCAGUGUUAAGAAAAGGCUCUCGCUUAAGCGAAUCUCAAGCUCGCUUAAGCGAGCCAAACCGCCUUGGACCCUUAUAAAAGGCCAGAACACGAUUUUUCACCAGAUCUCUUCCAUUCUUCACCAUUUUUCCUCCCUAAAACAUUCAGAGGAGGCUGGGCUUCAUGGAGGAAGGGUCCCUGAGCUAGGAAUUGAUAGAGUGGAGCUUUGGAGCAUGGUGACAACCUCUUGGUGGCUAUGGAAAGCUUGAGAAAGUUUCCAUCGCCGUGGAUUCGUCUCCGUUCUUCGGGUUUCAUCUCUUCCUUUCUUAUCUCUUGUAUAUGUUCUUUUCUAUUUUUGUAUCUAGAAUGUUAUAGCUUAGUUCUUUGGUUGUUGUAAACUCAAUUAUUGAUGUAAAUGGAAAUCUUUCAUGUAUGGUGUUUCUCUUUGUACUUCAUGCUUCUAACCAAUCAAUUGAUAAUCAAAAGAGCUUCACUAAUUUAUAAAUAGAUCGAGAGGUUGAUAUGAGUUGGUGUAUGCUUAGAUCAAUGAAAGUAGAAUGCCUAUGUCUUAGGUCACGCCGUGUGUUAAAGUUUUGCUUUCUACACUUCAAGUAUCAUUGAUUUGUGUUAGAUUUUUAUGGACUAGCAUGAGAUUGGGAGAUAAUUGCGGGUCCGGUUCAAGAGAGAAACCACUCAAUGAACUAGUUGUCUUAUGGUGAGAUUAUCUUAGGUAGGAACAAUAGUGGGCUUCCACGUGACAGGUGGGGUUUUGAGUUCUAACAGGAGUUUCCGGGGUGACAACGGAGAUUUGCAAGCCUAGGGUACCUUGUCUUAGGAUAAAUUUGUUAUUGUGAAUGUCUUUGAGAGAGAAUUUGAGUUUUAAUGUUCCUUUUGGUUUUCUAGAUGGUAAGGGAUUACGUCUAGGAAUUCCAACUGAUAGAUUCACCUAGGCUAGGGAUAGUUAGGUGGAUAGCUCUCGACAUCGUAAGUGAAACGAACCUUUACAUAAGUCUUUGUGUUCAAAGCAAUCAAAGGAUUAUGUGAAUGCAUUUCUGAAUACGUGUUCUUCUUUGUUAUCUCUGUAAACCUUCUUUUACCGCUUUCCUUAUAUUGAAAAUCACAAAAACAAUUUAUCAAACAUCUUUUUAUCCGCUCAAAUCAAUGUUUAACUGGUGGAACUGAUGUUCACACAAUCCCUGAGGACGAUAAACCUGUAUCUGCUUUGCUAUGAUUGAAUCAUAAAGGUUUAGCCAAAAGCAGUACAAAAAAAAUGAGGAAAAAACCUUUAUCAAAUUUGGCGCCGUUGCCGGGGAUUGUGUUUGGGAAUGUUGGUGAAACUAGUGAAAUGUUGAUUUGAGUUGUAAAUAGUGUACAUAGCUGUUCUUGUGUAUCAAUAUCUCUGGUUUAUUCUUGUUCUUAAUGCUUGUUGUAGCCUGAUCAACUAUAACAUGAUUUGUGGUUUGGAAUUAUGUGAACCUGUCUUGGAAUGAAUCAGCUAGUGAAUUUAAUGUAAUUUAGGUUCAUUAGUCAUGAAUUGAUGCAUAGGAUAAUGUAUAUAGGUGUUGUCUUGUGCAUAGUUGUUUGUGUUUUCUUUCUCUUGUUCUCUUGUUUUUGUUUUUAAAUUUCCUAAGGAUUCCUCAAUUUGGGUUCUUGAAUGAUCUUUGUAUGCUUUCAUGUUUAAAAUCCUCUUUUGAGUUAUUUGAAUCAAGAUAGAACCAAGAGUUUUGGAAACCAUGUGUUUUGGUGUGCUUGUUUUCUCUUUUUAAAUUAUGUAGUAUAUGUGAUUUAGUGAAGUUGUGCCAAAAGUUUAGUUUUUAUGAGCUUCACAAGUGUUAUUUAGCAUAUUGAGAUUGUUCAAUGAGUUUGGAAGAAAGAAAUAUGAUAAAAUCAAAAUUUGGGGGUGUGACUUGUUGAAUUUGCAUGUAGAAUGGAAUGUGAAUUGGAUUAUGUGCUUUUGAUGCUAACAAUCUGCAAUUGAGACUUGAGACAGGUCCAAAAGAGUGUUUUUCAUGCAUAUGGAAUGAUGAAAAGAAUGGAUGCUAAGUUUAGCUCAUUUUGAGGUAUGAGGUUGGAUGAAUUUUGUGAAGAAGUAAGUCCCUUUUGUAAACUUCUGCAUAAUUAUGCAGGUUGCUUCCCAUAACUCUUGAAUUUUAACAUGUUUAUUUAAUAUAAGUGUUGGUUUGAUGUAAUUGUGUCUUUGAAUUAUGUAUGUGUAGUUUGGUAUGCUAGUGUUUAGGUUUGUUGUGUUUCAAGUUCAUGUCAUUAAAGUUUUAGUACUUAGGAAGUGAUAUUUUGAUAUUGUAGAUUGAGCGCUUGAAUUUGUGAUUUUAAGUUCUCCACAUGUUUCCCUUGAUGUAUAUAGAAGGUUUGCUCACCUAUAAGGCCUAGAAAGUGAAAGGAUUAAAAUUUGGGUAUGGCACUUGUGAAAAUUGCAUGCAAAUUAACUUGAAUUGAAUCUUAUGUUCUUAAUGACAGCAUGUUUAAUUUGAAGCUUCUCUCAAGUUUAGAUUGAUGUUUCACAUGCAAUUGAAUGAAUUUGAAGGUUGAAUUAUGAUGGAAAUGGAAAUUGGGGGAUGAGGUUGUAAAAAGAUGGCAAUUUCCCCUGUUAUGAACUGUCAAAAUUAUGCAGAAGUUUAGUGAGUCUCGCUUAAGCGAAGACUUAUCUGGCUUAAGCGAGACCUGUGUAAGAAAGAUCAGUGAUUCUGUCAAAGAAUUUUGCUUAAGCAAGAUUCUGUUGGCUUAAGCGAAAUUGACUAUGUUUGGCUCUGUGAAGAUUUUGGCUUAAGCAAAAAUGACCAUGGCUUAAGCGAGAACUACCCCAGAAAUUUUUUCACCUCUUUGUGACUAAUUUGAUUUUAAGUGACUGUUAGCAGGAAUCUUUUGUUGCUGGUAUUGUUUGACCUGAGGACAGUCAAAUUUUCUUGGAGGGUGUGAGAAGUUUGAUGAGCAAUCCUGAACUGAAAGCAAAGUAUCACGAGGGAGUACUUUUUGUCCUUCUUUCAUUUGUUUUUAAUUUCUUUUUAGUACAUUAGUAUGUGAAUAAUUAACACUUUGUGAUAGAUUUCAUUGAUAUCUGACUGAUUUCAUAUGGCAUGGUUGAUGAAAUAUCAAUUGAAUUGCAUGAAUGUGUUAAAAUGCGAUUUGAACUGUUGAUUCCAGGGUUUAUCAGAUGUUUUCACUCAAAGAUAGCAUAAUUUGAUAUGAUUGUAUAAUUCACAUGUAAUUCAUAGGCAUAACAUGAAAUUUUUGAAAAUCAGGGAUUGCUUUGAACCUAAGCCAUGUGAGGGAGUGAAGCCUGUACACUUGUGAGCUGAGAGAAUCCUCACUGUGUUACAUGAUUGGUUUUGUUUGAGUCUCCAAAUUAUCAUUGUUGUAUGGAAUUUCUUGGAAAUGAUCAAGGCAUUUUUUUUGUUUUGCAUAUAUAUAUCUACUUAGCCAAAUAGCCUACAUUUUUCAUUUAAAUUCCAUUGUUACCCCUUUGAGCCUAAAAAUGUGAUUUCUUCUUGUUUAUAACCUUGAGCUUAAAAAGAAAGACAAUGAUCCCACCUAAGCUGAAUAGGUUAAGAGAGCAUUUGUUCAUGAUAUGGUUGUAUUCAAGUUGGGGGGAGAAGGAUAAUAGUGCUAUUUUUGUGUGGUUUGUGUAUCAAUCUAUUUGUACAUACUUGAAAGUGAAAAGAAAAAAAGAUGAAAAAGAAGCAAGGAAAAAAAAGAGAAAGAAAAAAAAAAGAAAAGAAAAUAAGAGAGAUUGACAAAGAAAGAAAAGAAAGGGUGAGCAUAAUUGAAAAAGGUGAAUGAGAGAGUUGGUAAGAGCAUGAGAGUGAUUUAUUAUUUGUGAAUGGUUUGAACUGUGAUUGCUCUCUUAGCUUGUUGAGUAUCUUGCAUAUCCAGAAAAACCAAAUUUCUUUGAAGCCUAACCACAUUACAACCCUCAAAGACCUUAGAGAUCCUUGAUUGAACAUGCAACCUUGAUAACUGCGGAGACGGGUAACAAAAUUCAUUUAUGUGAUUCAGUUAGUGAAAUGAGUGAAACACUCGCCUUACUUUGAACAUAACGAAAUGCUGAGUGAAUGAGUAUCCCUGGUUGGAAAGGAAUGGAUUGUAUGCCUAUUGAUUUUCAGAGUGGAUGUGCAUUUGUAUCACUGUUAUGUUUUCUUUUGUGGGCAUCACAUCUCUGACUUGGAUCACUUAUUUGAAAAAUAGAGAAAUCAUGCAGUUUGAGCUUUAUUGAUUCAGAUACCAUGUCUGCUUGAAUGAAAGUCAUUACCUUUUGUUUGAGGACAAACAAAGUGUUAAGUUGGGGGGAGUUGAUAAGUGCCAAUUUUACGUGUUUUUAAAUAUCAUUUUAAGCACUUAUUUGACCUAUAUGCUUGCAUUGUUGAUUAUUUUAUCCCCAUAAGUAGUUGAUUUAGUAAAUACUUAAUUUUAGUAUAGAAAUAUAGUAAUUAUUAUAUUUUUCACAUUUAAUCUUUUGUUUUCAAUGAUAGGAGAAAGUCUAUGAAGAUCUGUGCCACAAGAUGUCAAAAGGCCAAGAAAUGAAGAAUUUCGCUUAAGUCAAAUGUUUACUCGCUUAAGCGAAAUUAUAUGGCAGAGGGUAUCAAUUCUGGAAGACAAUCUCGCUUAAGCCGAAUUCUUUCUCGCUUAAGCGAGCCAUUCAGUGGCAUAGAAGGAAAGUGAUCCCUCGCUUAAGCGAGACUUAUGCUCGCUUAAGCGAGCAGAGUACUUCAGUGUUAAGAAAAGGCUCUCGCUUAAGCGAAUCUCAAGCUCGCUUAAGCGAGCCAAACCGCCUUGGACCCUUAUAAAAGGCCAGAACACGAUUUUUCACCAGAUCUCUUCCAUUCUUCACCAUUUUUCCUCCCUAAAACAUUCAGAGGAGGCUGGGCUUCAUGGAGGAAGGGUCCCUGAGCUAGGAAUUGAUAGAGUGGAGCUUUGGAGCAUGGUGACAACCUCUUGGUGGCUAUGGAAAGCUUGAGAAAGUUUCCAUCGCCGUGGAUUCGUCUCCGUUCUUCGGGUUUCAUCUCUUCCUUUCUUAUCUCUUGUAUAUGUUAUUUUCUAUUUUUGUAUCUAGAAUGUUAUAGCUUAGUUCUUUGGUUGUUGUAAACUCAAUUAUUGAUGUAAAUGGAAAUCUUUCAUGUAUGGUGUUUCUCUUUGUACUUCAUGCUUCUAACCAAUCAAUUGAUAAUCAAAAGAGCUUCACUAAUUUAUAAAUAGAUCGAGAGGUUGAUAUGAGUUGGUGUAUGCUUAGAUCAAUGAAAGUAGAAUGCCUAUGUCUUAGGUCACGCCGUGUGUUAAAGUUUUGCUUUCUACACUUCAAGUAUCAUUGAUUUGUGUUAGAUUUUUAUGGACUAGCAUGAGAUUGGGAGAUAAUUGCGGGUCCGGUUCAAGAGAGAAACCACUCAAUGAACUAGUUGUCUUAUGGUGAGAUUAUCUUAGGUAGGAACAAUAGUGGGCUUCCACGUGACAGGUGGGGUUUUGAGUUCUAACAGGAGUUUCCGGGGUGACAACGGAGAUUUGCAAGCCUAGGGUACCUUGUCUUAGGAUAAAUUUGUUAUUGUGAAUGUCUUUGAGAGAGAAUUUGAGUUUUAAUGUUCCUUUUGGUUUUCUAGAUGGUAAGGGAUUACGUCUAGGAAUUCCAACUGAUAGAUUCACCUAGGCUAGGGAUAGUUAGGUGGAUAGCUCUCGACAUCGUAAGUGAAACGAACCUUUACAUAAGUCUUUGUGUUCAAAGCAAUCAAAGGAUUAUGUGAAUGCAUUUCUGAAUACGUGUUCUUCUUUGUUAUCUCUGUAAACCUUCUUUUACCGCUUUCCUUAUAUUGAAAAUCACAAAAACAAUUUAUCAAACAUCUUUUUAUCCGCUCAAAUCAAUGUUUAACUGGUGGAACUGAUGUUCACACAAUCCCUGAGGACGAUAAACCUAUAUCUGCUUUGCUAUGAUUGAAUCAUAAAGGUUUAGCCAAAAGCAGUACAAAAAAAAUGAGGAAAAAACCUUUAUCAAUUAGUUAGCACUCUUUGACACCUUCUGAGAUAAGAUUCCUUGCCUCUUCAAUAAUUGCUCAUUAUAUAUAUUUAGCAUGUAGCAAUGGAAGAAAGACAGAUCCACAGACUCAAUUCUACCUUCAAUCUUCUCUAGAAGAAAAUGGCAGCCUCUAACACAAAAACUUCUUACCAUGCUCGCUCAAACAGCUUGCCCUCUAGACCACACCCAAUCGUUCUGCAAUGCAAUGAACACCUGGAUAGGUUAAGAUCUUCCAAUGAAACCUCUUCUUCAUCUUCAUUAAGCCAUAAACUAGGAGCCUUGCAGGAUCUUCAUGAAUGUAUUGAAAAAUUAGUACAGCUUCCUCUCACCCAAGAAGCCCUUCUCCAUGAACCCCAAGAGUCAUGUGUAAAUGAUGAGCUUCUGGAUGGAUCUUUGAGGCUCCUAGACGUGUGCACAACAGCCAAAGAUUCUCUGUUGCAUACAAAGGAGUGCAUAAGGGAACUUCAAUCAAUUAUGAGGAGAAAAAGAGGUGAAGAACUGGGGAUCACAGCAGAGGCUAAAAAGUUCUUGAAUUCUAGGAAAGUGGUGAGAAAGGCCAUCUUCAAAACCUUGAGGGAUUUGAAGGCUAUAGCCAAAAAGGGCAACUUCAAAGACCAACAAAGUGUGGCCUUGGUUAGCUUGCUAAAAGAUGUUGAAGUAGACACUCUUUCCAUAUUUGAGUCAUUGUUGAAUUUUAUCUCUGGAUCAUCAACACAAGCAAAAUCAACCAGCUGGUCUUUGGUUUCCAUGUUGAUCCACACCAAAAGAAUAAGCUGCCAACAAGUAGCUGAUGAAAAUGAAUUUUCACAAGUGGAUGCAGCAUUGCAGUCCUCUGUACUUCAAAUGACAAACAACAAAUCAGACAGCACCAAUAGUCUACAAAACCACUUGGAGAAACUGGAGUUUUGCAUUCAAGACCUUGAAGAAGGGCUUGAGUUUCUAUUCAGACGUUUGAUUAAAAUCAGAGUUGCACUUCUUAACAUCCUCACUCCGUAGUUGAGUAGAUCCAUCUAUGCAAUCAAUUUUUUGUAGUGGUGGUGAUAUAUACUGUACAGAAAUCAUCAUGUAAACAAGAAUAUAUAUAAACGUUUCACUCAAAUUUUCAGUUGCAAUAUCAUCUUUGAGAUCUUAUCAAUUUUUGACUUAUAAAUUUGAGCACAUACAUACGCAAUCAUUUAAUAUUUUUAUAAUAAUUUCGAUUUUUUUUGAAAGUUCUAAAAUGUCUAGGACCCAUAGGGU